GUAAAGGAUUUUGGCCAACUGAUCUUUAGUCAUGGUCAGCCUGGAGUGAAGAAGCCAAAUCGUUUGCUCUUGUUGGUGUAAAACGAAAAAAAAUGGAAAACGGUCGCACAAUGAACAGAGACAGAUGCGUAAAGAGUGCGCCUCGGACCCAGAAGCCAUCCAUGGUGUCCCAACAGGGAACUGUCCAGAGGAGGAAAAAGGAGUCUACAUCUAAAGAGAGCCAAAACGGCAGCCAGACAAGAGGAACAUCGACAGGUCAUCGUGGCUCCGGGAAAGAGGCGAAAACAACUCGGAAACGCACGAUGAGCGCCGUGACAGAAUGCCAGAGGCGACCCGAUGCCCAGAGGAAACUCUCCGACGCCAGUAACACGUCCGAGGAUCUGAGCAAAGACUCCGGCUGCUUUUCAGGGAAACCCUCCUCUGACAGCAGCUCAGAAAUAUCCGAUUGUACGUGGGAGGGCAACAAGCGCGACUCUCCCAUUAGCGACAAUGAAUUAAGAUGGACAGACGGGAGAGCUUACAAGGGACCCGUCGGUGGAGGCAAAGACGACGGCAAAGAGCGCGUGAAAGCAGCGCACGCCGCUUGCUCUCCCCCCCUGGAUGCUGUUGAACGAGCCCUCACUUUGGUCAACUCCUCGGGGACAUUUAUGGAUCUCAUGAUGGCAGAGACUACUGAUGACCUGGUCAGGGAGGUUGAAGAUUUGAGGUCGGAGAAUGAGUAUUUGAGGGAUGAGGUAGAGGAGCUGCGCUGUGAGAUGUUGGAGAUGCGUGACAUGUUCCAGGAGGAGGAGAUGCGCCAGCUGCAGGAUCUACGCCAGCAGCUGGAGCAGGCCAACAAGACCUGCCGCAUCCUUCAGUAUCGUCUCCGCAAGGCCGAGCGACGUAGCAUCAGAGUGGCCCAGACCGGGCAGGUGGACGGGGAGCUGGUCAGGACACUUGAGCAUGAUAUUAAGGUUGCAAAGAGUGUGUCUCUGCGACUGUACAAUGAGCUGGAGCUGGUGCAGAAGAAGAACAGCCAGUUGGACUGGGAGAAUGAGAUGCUUCGCGAGAAGACACAAGAGCUGGAGGUGGCCAAGCACGUCUUGCAGGCUGAGUUGGAGAAAGCCCGAGAGAGCUUUUUAAAGAAGCGAAGUGCCAGAUCGACAGCCAGUAAAAGUGAACGGAGACUGUCUCAACAGCUUGAGCAGGAUGACAGCGAUCUCAAGUGCCAACUCCACUUUGCCAAAGAAGAGUUGGCUCUCAUGUGCAAGAAGCUCACUAAGAUGGUGUCCGAGAGUGAAGUCAUGCACGAGCAGCUGGCUGGGUACCAUUCGGCAUACGGCGACCUCGACGCCUCCCAAUUGCCUGAUCGUAAACAAAAGUCCGCCUUCGCUAGGGAAGCGGAGGUCAAAGUUCACUUGAAACUGGUGGAAGAGGAGGCCAUGCUCCUGAGCCGCCGCAUCGUGGAGCUGGAGGUGGAGAAUCGCGGGCUGCGAACGGAAAUGAACGACUUGAAAGAGAGAGAUGGCGGACGGGGAGACGAGGAGGAGGAGGAGAAUCGGAAUGUUAUGGACGAGCGCUUGUCGCCUUCCACUGUGAGGAAGAACAGAAAGGAAAGAGGUUUCAAAAUGUCAAGCGCCUCGCAUGACGAAAAGGCGGCAGUGGAUACCGAAGGGCAGCUUCCCUCUUGUCUCGUCACUAGAGAAGGUCCCGUAGGGGGUGAGUGGGACCCAUCCGAGAGCCUUGGCAAGAGCUCACCUGACAGCAGCCCGAAACAAAUGACCCAGACAGAUUAUGCAAGUCUCGCCGCCUUCCGAGAUCAUUCCUGCAUUUUGAGUUCCGCCAUCCAGCUUGUGAAAACUCCACCCAAAAACGGCCAUUGCGCCUCUCCUUCCAGUGGUGUGCUCACCUCACCAACAGAUGGUAUAACAAAGUCAUUCUUUUUGCCGGGGCCUUUGAAUGAGACACUGGAGCUUCUACAGGCCAUGCUGCAAGCUUUUAUCAUGAGGAUGGAGGUCCUUCUCAGUGGCAACAAUUCCCCUCACCAGGAAGGUCACGUGUUUUCCUCUCUCAGUGGAGAAUAUGUCGAUCAGGAUACGAUCAGUCAAGGUUUCAUAGAAUCGGCAAAAAAGCAGGAAUGCCUUCAAGUUCUCGACGUCGAUGUGGAUGAGAGAACAAAACAAACAACACAAGGGCUUUUGUCCAAAUGGGACCCGAGAGUGCAGCUGUCCAUGCAAAUUCUGUGGAUCCUUCAUUUGUGGUGUCAAGAAUCUGUACAGGACGGAAAAGAGGCCAAGGACAAAUACAUGACCAUGUUGCGAGGUUUGCUGCAAAGCAUGGAUGGCGAAAUCCAGGAGGAAACACCUGAUAGCCAAGCAAGUGAGUGUGCUGUCAGUGGUGUCGUCGCUGAUGAGGGACGUGCUGACACUGACAGAAUACGCAGCUCCAUAAGGCAGAAACUUCAGCACCAACUUUCUCCACACGCCUACAAGAGGAAGAACUGGUGUUAUCUGAGCCAGCAGGCUGCCCUUCUGGACCAGGAGCCACCGAUUAAGACAUGGGACCAUCAAAUCAUGCCAUUUAGCUUCCCCGAUCUUGACUUUGAGCAGAUGUUCAUGGAGAGAAGCCACACCGCUCCUGAGAAGUCAACUCUGCGCAUUUACUACAGCCCCCCGUCCAAGCGCAGAGUCCGACUGGCUCAGCUGAAGCAAAGUCCCGAAAGUGACAGAGAAUCUGUGGACACGCAGUCUCCGUGGUGGACGCCGCCGACCUCCUUUUCAAUGCUCUGCGUCGGCUCUUCGGCCAACCUGAGCGAUGAUAUGAAGGAGAUGGCCGCCGGCUGGAGGCAGGCGGGUCACGGUGGCUCGCAGGCGAACAGAAGAAGAUUAGCGGGCUGCGGAGUGGAUGUGGCCUGCUCUGGUACGCAGACUCAUAUCAGGCCACUGAUGGUGAGUGUUGGCGUGCAGACAGAAGGCCCUCAAGGCCUCGUGGCAGUCAAGAACAGCCCCUCUCGGGCAGUCAACUCCUGUCUGGUCUCUUCCCGCUCUCGCUGCAUCUCCACCUCACUAGACAGACUAACAACUAGAACAGAGAGGUCCAGACUCACAGCCUCCUCCCCAAAACUUUAUAGAAGUCAAUCUGCAUCUGCUGCAUCAUCUAAUUUGAGCUCCUCAUCUACAGCCAACACUCGCGAUCGAACGAUGUGGACUCACCAAAGCCCCUCUCGCCAAAUGACUGCUGCGAGACAUAAUCUCAGCCCUCAUCGAGAGCCUCCAGGUCCGAAUCUCAAGCCCCCAAACAAAUCUGCAGGUGGUUUGGUCACUGAGUUUCUACGCCGAGUGAGCGGUCGGGCGGAAAGACCGGGGUCGGCCCAGAAGCCUAAAAGCGGUCUGGAGCGCCUUCCCGUGAGGACUCCUGCAGCCUCAUUGCCGAGGAACGACAGCGUGACCGGGAUCGUCAACCACAGGUUCAUGAAGCAGAGAGAGGAGCUCAGCCGAGCCGAAAGAGAGGAGAAACGGAAGAGCGGGAGUAAUGGUGCAACAUACAGCCUGAGAACUCCCAGGGCAGAGGACGGAAAUUACGACUGCAGCUCCGGCGGCACCCUGACGUUCUGCUUUGCUCGUUCGUUUCGAUCCAACCAGAAGGAAACGUUCAGCCGGAAAGUCACAAGAUGCCAAACUACGGAGCCCAAUUGUGAGUGAAUGGACAAUCAGCUGCUGCCGGUCUCACCACACAACUAAGAGGACAGAAUAGUGAUGAAGUGGUGGAAUUGAUGUGAGUGUGUGUAAGGUGGAUUUGGUUUGUGGUGUACGUAAGUCUUUCUACUGUGUCCUUUGAUUCACAAUGAUCCUCAUUCACGACUAAAUUCGUAAAGCCAAUGACGUCCAAAAUGGAGAUGGCUACCAUCAGACACCAUUUCGCUUCCAUCAAACAUGGCGAAAACUAAAUGCAAAUGAGGACAAUAUCAGUGAGCGAGACAAAUUACAGUACUGUCUUCUUAUAUAAGCAGAAAGAAAUCUCCUCCUACUUUCUGAGAGCUUUGUUUCUUUUUUCCGUAGCUAGGAGUGUACGUGAAUCAUUUACAAAUAUAUUUGUUUUCCCGCAAUGCAGCCACCACACUUGCAAUGAUUUCUUACUUUUUCUUUCUACCUCUGGCAGUUUUCUGCUGAACUCAUUCAAGCACCCUAUUAAAUGCCAAUUCAAAUGAGUCAAUCACUUUUGAAAACUUAUGGAUUCACAAAAACUGUAAUAUACACACUGUGAUUUUUGUUUUGGUUUGUUUUUUUGGAGAGAUGAAACAACUUGUUCUAUUUAAUAAACACAAGAGAAAAUGUG